AUGGCCCAGGACAAGGAGGCGGAAGGAUUCGUGCAGUGGUUCACCACGCACCAGGGGUGGAUCGACCCCGGAUGCACGCUGCAGCAGGUGCCGGGGAUGGGGCGUGGACUCGUCGCGACGCGCGCGUUUGCGGAGAAUGAGCGCGUGUUUGCGAUCCCACGCACGAUCCUCAUGAACCUCGGCACGUCGCACCUCGAGCCCGCAUGCACGGCGGCGGAGCAAGCCAAGGCCCCGACGUCGGUCAAGUGGGAAGAGCUCGUGGAGCGGGGUUGGUGCCCGCUCAUCCUCAUGAUGAUGUACGAGCACUGGCGCGCAAAGCACGGCGCGGAUCCGUCGUGGGGCCCUUACUUUGACGUGAUGCCGUCGACGUUCGAGACGCCCAUGUUUUGGACGGCUGACGAGGUCAAGGAGCUCGCAGGCACUGACCUCGUCGACAAGAUCGGCCAGGACGAGGCAGAAAAGGACUACCAAGAAUGCGUCCUGCCCUACAUCCAGCAGUACCCCCACGUCUUUGUCGGCACCGACGGCGAGAAUGCGGCCCAAGAGAUUGCGCAGUGGUACAGCCUCGCCAUGUACCACCGCAUGGGCUCGUCGAUCCUCAGCCGCAGCUUCCACGUGAAGCGCGACCUGAAGCACGCCGAGUCGGACGACGCCGACAUCCAUUCGAACCCCGCCGAGGUGAGCGUCCAGCGCGAGAUGCCCGGCGAGGAAGAGGGCGAGGAGUCGGUCCAGGAAAUCGCGCAAGGCGAUGAGGAAGAGGACGACGACGAGGAAGAGGAGGAGGAGGAAGACGACGAAAACGUGCGCGACAUUUCCAUGGUGCCGAUGGCCGACAUGCUCAACGCGCGCUUCGGCUCGGAAAACACGCGCCUCUUUUACAAGCGCGAGGUGCUCGAGAUGCGCUGCACCAAGCCGGUCGCGGUCGGCGAGCAGAUGCUCAACACGUACGGCAAUCCCCCCAACAGCGACCUCUUGCGCCGCUACGGCUUUGUUGACGAGCCGAACCGCGGCGACCUCGUCGAGCUUCCUGCCGAGCUCGUGGUGGACGCGGCCGUCUCCAAGAUUGUGCUCGCCACCGGCGCGCCACAGGCCCAGAUCGAGGCGCUGGCCGCCACGCGCUUCGAAUGGGCGUGCACCGAGCUGGGGAUGGACGAGGUCUUUUUGCUCUCGCGCCUGUCCAAGCCCGAGAAUGAGGCGCCGUACGGCUCGACGCUCGGCUUGGACGUGACGCAGCCCCCCCAGAGCCAGAAAAAGGCGCUGAGCCGCGCCGCGUCGCACAUUCCCGAGGACGUUGUGAGCUUUGCGCGCCUCCUCUGUGCACCCGAGACGGCCUUUGCCAAGGCGCAAAAGCGCAAUGCGCUGCCCAACGCGCGCCUCGACGCCGUGGAGGAGAUCGACGUGCGCGGCCCCCGCCGCACCGAGAACGACGUGCUGCACCUCGCCGUCGCCUCGGUCCUGCUCGAGGCGAUGCAGAAGCGCCUCGAGUCGUACCCCCUCGCCUGGCAGCAGACGGCCGAGGCGCUGCGUGCGUGUGCCGAGCCGCCCAACACGCCGCACCGCAUGGCGCUGGUCGUGCGUGCGGGCGACGAGACGAUCCUCACCGAGCACGUCACCGUCCUGCAGCUGGUCCUCGAGCAGGCGGUCGCCGAGCGCAAUCCCCGCCAAGACGCGGCGAAGAAACAGCGGAAAGCAUAG